AUGGAUACCAUAAACUUGGAUUUUGAUGAUGAGUGUAAUAUUACUCCAUCUUCAGAUAAAUCUGAAAAGAACAGUUCUUCUAUCAAUGAUGGCACUAGCAAAAAGAGACAACGUAGAAAGACAUCAACUGCUUGGGAUGAAUUCUAUUUGUUACCUAUAGAUGUUGAUGGAAAACAGAAGGCAAAAUGUAAAAAAUGUGGGGUUGAAUAUGUUGCUAAUGCUUCAAACCAUGGGACGGCAAAUUUGAGAUGCCACAUUAAUAGUUGUCCAUUACGUGAUAACUAUGAUGUGAAGCAGAUGCAUAUGGAUUAUGGAACCAAACUUCAUGCGAAAAAAAUUGAACAAGAUGUUUAUUGUGAGAAGAUGGCAAUUGCCAUAAUAAAACAUUGCUAUCCUUUUUCAUGGGUUGAGCAUGAAGAAAAUCGAGAUGUGCAUAAAUAUCUUAAUCCUGAUGUUAAACCAAUUACUAGGAACACUACUAAAGCUGAUGUAUUGAAAAUACAUAAAAGGGAGAAGGAGAAACUUAAACUUACACUACAGACUGCUUUUCGUAAAGUGUGUUUGACUUCUGAUUGUUGGUCUUCUCCUACGACUGAAGGAUAUUUAUGCAUUACAGCUCAUUUUGUGGAUGAAAAUUGGGUAUUGCAUAGUAAGAUUACUAACUUUUCUCACAUGCCACCCCCACAUUCAGGAGUUGCUUUGUCAGAAAAAACAUUUAAUGUAUUGAAGGAAUGGGGUAUUGAUAGGAAGAUAUUUUCCAUCACAUUGGAUAAUGCAAUUGCUAAUGAUAGUAUGCAAGAUAUUCUUUCAAGUCAAUUGUCUUUGCAAGCACCUUUAGUAAGUGGCGAUGAAUAUUUUCAUGUAAGGUGUUGUGCUCAUAUUUUGAAUCUUAUUGUUCAAGAAGGCUUAAAAGUGAUUGAACGUGUUGUGUAUAACAUUAGAGAAAGUGUCAAGUACAUUAAGGGUUCAGAAGGCAGAAAACCUAAGUUUGAAGAGUGCAUUAAACAAGUUGGUAUACUUGCUUCAAUCAGUUUGCGCUUGAAUGUACCAACUAGGUGGAAUUCAACUUUCAUGAUGAUAGAAAGUGCACUUAUAUAUCGACGGGCUUUAAUUCAUUAUGCUUUACUUGAUGCAAAUUAUAAGUAUUGUCCGUCAAAUGAAGAGUGGAAUAGAGUUGAGGUCAUUUGCAAUUUCUGGAAACCAUUUUACGACAUGACAAAACUCUUCUUGGGUUCGGAUUAUCCUACAUCUAAUUUGUAUUUUUCAAAUAUAUGGAAAAUUCAAUUGCAUUUACUUGAAACAAUGGAAAAUCCGAACUGCAUUGUUAAUGGUAUGGCUGCAAAAAUGAAAGAGAAGUUCGAAAAAUAUUGGAAGUGUUAUAGUGUCGUUUUGGCAUUUGCUAUUGUUCUUGAUCCUCGUUACAAGCUUCAAUUUGUCGAAUUUUGUUACUCAAAGAUUGAUUCAUCCACUUCUCGACAAAAAUUAAAUCUCCUUCGUCAGAAGUUGUACUCUCUAUUCCAAGAUUAUGCAAACAAAUCAAAAUCUUCUUUGGAAUCUACUGCUCCAUCUACCGGGGGUACUGGUGAAAAAUCUCAAUUAGAUUUAUAUUUGGAAGAGCCCAGGCUAAAUCGUGUGGAACAUGUUGAAAUGGAUAUAUUGCGGUAUUGGAAAGAUAAUCGAUUUCGAUAUCCUGAUUUAUCUCUUAUGGCGCGUGAUGUACUUACUAUACCUAUCACAAGCGUUGCAUCAGAAUCCGCAUUCAGCAUUGGAGCCCAGGUUCUUAACAAAUAUCGAAGAUCACUUUUGCCGGAAAAUGCAGGAGCAUUAAUAACAACUCGAAAUUGUGGAUCCAAGUGA